UAGAGCUGACACUACAGGAAGCCCUUCACCAGUCAGUGUUCAUGCCAUGCACCUCGCCAUCCCCUAGCAGCACUCCUUUCUGCUGGGACCAGCACAGCAAGCUGCUACCCACCGUGGCUGGCAUCACUUCAAGCAAAGUGGCUGUGUGGACAGUGGAGGAGGUACUGGAUAACUUACAUUGUCAUUACAGUGUUCCUUUCAGUCUAGAUAACUGUGCGGGUAAUUUGGAUAACUGUACUAACCAUGAUGUCCAAUGUGUUACAGGUGAUUGAGUUCAUCCAAGGUCUUCCAGGCUGUAAGGAACACGUGCACACAUUCAGAGAUGAGGUACAGUUUCAGUACAGUACAUGGAGCUAUUAACUCACUGACCACUGAUACACACACACACACACACAGACUGCUGGGAAAAGGUUUUCCCAUUUACUGUCUGCUUGUGGGAUUAUAAAGAUCCCAUUUUGGUUUUAUCGGAUGCAUUACCUCCACAUUAUCCCUCUGUGGUCUCCACAUCUGUGUCUGCCUCAGAGCUUAACCUUUUACUGCAGUGGGCUAAAUCAACGUCACACAGAGUGAUUCUUGGUAGUCUUAAACAAAUCUACUUUGAAACAAAAGUAUACACCUCACACACAUGGUCAUGGGUUUAAUAAAAGAAGACACCUGUACCAUGUCAAAUAUAGAGUUGAAAUAUAUUCAAUUUGGAGUUUGCAUCCCAAUAUUAUACUUUAUAUUCGGAAGAGUAUUAGGGCCAAGUGAAGAGAAAAAAUGUAAUAAACAGCGGCGGUGGUGGUACUUGGAUUAUUAUUUUUGCAUGCUAGUGCUUUAAAAAAGUGACAAUGUUUCGAGAAUAAAGUGGCAAUAUUUUGAGAAUGAAGUCCAAAUUAAAUUUUGUGAACAAAGUGCCAAUAUUUCGAGAAUAAAGUCAACAUGUUUAGAAUAAAGUCUCAGUUAUAUUUCAAGAUUAACGUAGGGGAUUUGAUUAAGUGCAUGUCUCCCUGGCUCCCUGAUGCUGUGCGCGCCACAAUUGAAAUGCCUUAGUUAGAUGACCUGGUGAAACUAUACUUUAGAAUUGGAUUUAGGAAGAAGGAAAUCCUUUCUCUUUUAGCACAUAAUAACCAUAUUAUUAUAAGUAUUAGGACCUGAAAAUGGUUGUGCCACAGAUUCUUUUCAGAAGGAGGAACCGGGAUUACAUACAGAGACGGCCAGGUUGUGUGUGUAUGCAGAUGUGUAUGCAGGUGUGUGUGUGUGUGUGUGGGCGGUAAAAAGUAGGGGGAAAACAAACAUAUGGCCGUCAAUCUAAUGAUCUAAUACACUCAUUCAAACCGGCGUCACUGCGCUCUCACGCUUAUCAAUCUAAUGAUCUAAUACACUCAUUCAAACAGGCGUCACAGCGCUCUCACGCUUAUCAAUCUAAUGAUCUAAUACACUCAUUCAAACAGGCGUCACAGCACUCUCACGCUUAUCAAUCUAAUGAUCUAAUACACUCAAUCAAACAGGCGUCACUGCGCUCUCACGCUUAUCAAUCUAAUAAUAUAAUAGCACGCACACACACACCAAGUUUCCCCCUUUCAAUUUCAGACUAUAGGCAUACACUCUUCUAACGACUAUGGUGCGUUAUGAUCACAAACAAAAAACUUUCUUGGUUGAGUCAGUCUGAUCUCCGAAUUCGCAACAACGUUCUGCUGCGUACCCUAGGCGAACACCUUGCACAAAAUGUUUGCAUAAUGACAACUAUUAACGACCUUAUCCAUGGUGCUUUACUAACAGUAGUAUUUCCCCCUUAUGGCAACUAUCCUUCUAACGACUAUAGGCUAGUAGGCUACGUGAGCAUACCCAAUAAAACAAAUUAUCUUAGGAUCCUGGAGACCGGGGGCUAUGCAUGUGUAUGUCCCAUGUCAAGCUGCUCUCCAAAUUCGCUACAAAACCGCUAUUUUGCAGCCCAUUAUAAAACUAUAGCGGCCCACUAGAUUAAGUACCCUAGGCUAAUCGUAUGUUACAGUGGUCAAGUGAAAGUCAAUUAUAUGCCUAUCCAACGGCUGCAGGAGGAACAAUGAAGCAGGGGUUUUACACAAGUGUCUGUGGGAGUAGAGGCAAAACAAGGACCACUCCUGCAUGCGCAAACCAGCUGAGGCACUGUUUGAAUAUAUUAAUGGACGCUGUGGUAACUUGACAAGGAAUGCCCACACGCAUUUCAAUAUUACUUUCCUUUACUUUCAACCUAAGAAAUAAAAGGUGUACAGCCAUGUCCAAAGGGUACAAAUACAGCAAAACGAUACAGCCCACUCAACAUGUGGUAGAGUCGCAUUGUACAGAUCCUACUCUGGGUGAUGACAUCAUCAAAGGGGAAAGGUCACGGUCAAUGUCAAUGCCAAUAAUAACCAUGCACACAUGAAUAGUAAUCAUACUAUACUGCCGGUAAGUACAAUACAUAUUCAAUGUAAUUAUUUAUAUAGUGUCCACACUAUAACACUUCCCCCUUAAUUUCAUCCCCCCUGUGUCAAAAGCUGAUGUGUAUGCGGUGGUGAAGUCAGGCGCAGGACACAGAGGAUAAGUAAAGACGACUUUACUAACAAACUAAAUACGCACAAAUAAACGUCUCCAACACUGGAGGGAAAAACACCAUAUGCGUAAUAGACACGAUGAGCAAAAUACCGACACAUACAUCCAAGACACGCGGACAAUAACAUACAAAGGCAAAACAUAAAACAGGUGAACUUAUACGUGACAUAAUCAAUACAGAAUACGAAACAGGUGUACCAACUAGACAUGACAAAACAAACAUCGAAAACAUCAAGCGGUAGUAGCUAAUACUCCGGGGACAACGAACGCCGAAGCCUGCCCGAGCAAGGAGGAGGAGCAGCCUCGGCGGCAUCCGUGACACCCUGUAAGGAAAACAUAAGGUUAACAAGUAAACCACAUCAGUGUUUUAUUUUAUUUUCUUCACAACACUUUAGAACUUCUGCUAGUGUUACUGUAAAUGUAAACAAACAAAAAAUUACAGUCCUUAUUUAUUUUCGACUAGGUCUGCUGUUCCAAACAAACACUAACACCACGAGUCUCUCAGUCUCAACUACAGAGUUAGUCUUUCAGGAGGCUUGUGACUACGCUGUGAUCUGCGCAGUACUCCUGGUGUGCCACGAGACACCGGUAAGGCGUGUCCCAGUGGAGCUGGGUCUGAGGGCACAGGAGCGUGUUGGUGUUUGUGAGAGAAAGUCCAUCACCAUCUGCUGGAACCAC